AAGAAAGGGGGGGGAAAACCCGAGAGAAGACGAGCUCGCAGAAAGGUGUGGUUGGCUGACACGCGCGGGAGGGAGAUUUAGUGGGAAGCGAGAUUGAAAAGCGAGCGAUAACGAAGUGGGGAGAGUUGCCGAGGAGGGUUACGAGGCAAGGUAUGAAUUCUUAUUUCACCAACCCGUCGCUCUCCUGCCAUCUCUCCGGCGCCCAAGACGUUUUGCCCAACGUGCCCAUCAACUCCAGCACCUAUGACCCGGUGCGGCAUUUCUCGUCGUACGGCGCCGCCGUGAGCCAGAACCACCACCACCACCACCGCCUCUACGCCGCCGGGCCCUUCUACUCGCCCCAGGACAACGUAGUGUUCGGCUCCUCCGGCCGGGCUCAGUACGACUACGGCUCCAACGUCUUCCUGCAGGACAAGGACGUGCUGCCCAGCUGCAGGCAAGCCAACGCGGGACAAAGCCACCUUGGCCAGGACUACCCGCUGGAGCCGGGCAGGGCGUCCCAGGAGCACAAGAGCAACAUCCCCAUCUACCCGUGGAUGCAGCGCAUGAACUCACACAGCGCAGGAGUGGGCUACGGGUCAGACAGGCGCAGGGGACGUCAGAUCUACUCUCGCUACCAAACUCUGGAGCUGGAGAAGGAGUUCCACUUCAACCGCUACCUGACCCGUCGCAGACGCAUCGAGAUCGCCAACGCGCUCUGCCUAACCGAGCGCCAGAUUAAGAUCUGGUUCCAAAACCGGCGCAUGAAGUGGAAGAAGGAGAGCAACUUGAGCUCCACGGUGGCGGGAGCCGAAUCCACGGCGGCCACGCAAGACGACGAACGCGGCGGUGGCGGCGGCGACGACAGCGCGGCCAAGGACGAGAAGGAGGACGAAAAAAAGAAGGAAUAGGCUAUCGUCCGAGCCACGUGGAAAAAUAGAAGCCCAACAUUACUACCUAAACAUGGAGAUGAAAGGGACCACUGCAUGAAGGCUCCCCCCCCCCCUCCCUCGUCUUCCUCAUAUCACCCCGGGGUGAGGAGUCUUGCAAAAUAUCAUCCCACUAAUUUCAGCCACAUUCUCAACCUUGUGACUCUGGAUCACUUUUAUGUAAUUUUUGUUUUGUUGAUUUUUAGCUCGUCAGUGUCACACUUGUAAUGUGGAAAUUAAAAAAAAAAAAAGUAUUAAUUUCUAUUUCCAAUGCCAGUAUAACCUAUUCUCCCCCACGCAAACAAAGCAUCACUGUGAAGUCUCUGCAUCAAAUACAGUGUUAUACGUUAGUCUCAACAUUCCACGGAAGGAAAGAGUUGGACCCUUGAUUUGGUCACAGUGUCAUUUACUUGAAUAUAUUAUAUAUAGCGAGAGAGAGAUAAACAUGUAUACAUAAGUCUUGCAGAAACUUGAGCGUUGCACGAAUAAACUGUAGCGCGCGCACACAAACACACACGCACACACACGUAGAAAAAUUUGCUUGUGAGCAGGACUUUUUCUACCAUGCAGAUGAAUACGAUUUUAUGCAAAUCCUUAAAGGAUAAAUGUGCAUUUAGUUGCUUUGAUAGUCAACGCAUAACACCAAAUGGCGCUUAUCACCCCAACCCUUUUUUGUUCGAACCCACAGUUCCUUCGGAGAUAUAUUUGUACUCGUCCAUCUUUCUUUCUUUUUUUUUUUUUUUUUUGAAAGUUCCUGUUUUGUCAUAAUUGUGUAUCAUGGAAUAAAAUAUUUGUAAAUAAA